GAGCAAGUUUAAAUUAUUCAGACAUUGUUGGUUGAUAUGAUCGUUCAAAACUAGUCUAAUAGUCUAACUGAUAGAGUAACAAUAGUUGUUGCCAGCAAGCGGUAUAGACACUCUAAUUUUGAGCAUUAAGGAUGGGUACGAAGGAGGAUGGGCCCGGCGAAGAAACGACGACAAAUCGCCCGGACGAGGACUCGGCAGAGCGGCCAGCCUUGUCUGCAAAAUCCAGAAAGCCUCGGCAAGUGCCCGUCACACUUUCGACACCCGAUGAUGGAGGUGGCUUCUUUUUUGGGCAGGGAGGGGAGGAAGUGACGGAAUCUGCUUCGGCAAAGAUUACUCGAAGACUUGCUGCCCAACGACGAGUUCCAUCAGCUAAAAUGGAUCGUUCGCCUUCUAACGAGGGAAAAGUUGAAGUCAAAUCUAACACCAUCGUUGCUGUUCAUGAAGCUUUGACAGAAGCGCUUCCGGAUAUGCCAGCGCAAGCACCAGAGAUGGGUGGAGCUGAAUCAACACCUCCAAGCAUCUUUUCGUUUGGCGAACUAGAUCUCGCCGAAGUCAUUGACCGCAUUCUCUCGAAACUCGAAGCCGAGAAAUCUCACUUGAUUGGGACUCCAUCAACGACUGAGGACAUCCGGUUCCGCACUCAAUCCCACAUCAUCACUGAACUCGGGCGUCGAAUUGACCGAUCUCAACGAUAUUCUCAGGAUCUACAGGACCAAAUUAGCAAUUUACAGAAAGAAAAGGCCGAGAUAUUGGAGCAAUGUGAGAGAUUGAAAGAGAGGAUUCGCGAAGUGGAAGAAGCAGCUGAGGAGGUGGCAAGGAAUGUUACCUGGUCUCGUGUUCAAUCUGCCAGACAGAGUAGAGUCCAAGAGACUAGACAGAGUUCAGCUGGUAGACCCAGCACGGUCGAAAUACAGUUUCCUCCAAUAGUCGUCCAAAGAGAAGAUUUGGAACGGGAGGCAAACUUGAUACGAAAGCUUGGUGCGGACGAACGGGAGCACAGUGAAGAGGUUGUCGAGAACGACUUUUAUGAUCCCUUUGAAGAUGGGGAACUGGCACAACGGCCGGUAGCUUCUCGAAUUACAAAGGACAUGCUCCUAGAUGCCGCUGCUAUGCUUGCAGGAAAAAAACCUUUCGAUCCACCGACGACGCUCAGCGUUGGGCUAAAGUCGGUCAAAACGGACGAACGAUCCAUAAGCCCUAAUCCUUAUCGCCGUCUCCUCAAAUCCCCCAACCAACUCACAGCCACGUCUUACUUUCCCCGGAAUCUCACCCGUCUAGCCCACAGCGCUGCAGACCACACCCACCACAUCUCUCAAGUCCUCUUUCAGCAAACGAAGCAACUCCUUUCCGUUACAACGCCUGAUGAAUUCAUUGCUGUUCUUCAAUCUCAAUUGAAUGAAAUGACUAGCGCAAUGCACCUUUGUCUAAACGUAUUAGCAGAGGAGCAUCGGGCCUGUGAAAAGUGGAAAGCAAGAUGUGUUCGCCUAGUUGGAAGAACUGGUGAGAACGGCACUGGAGGGAGAGGAGGCGGGGCAGAUGGAACAGGUCUAAAAGGGCUCAGAAAAAAACAGUAUUUGGUCAAUGCCUUAAUGCCGAUGGUAAAACCGAGGAAAAAGAUGAGAAAGUUUGUAGUUCCAAGACGAGGGGACAAACAUGCUGCCGUCGGGACUACACCUAUGCCUGCCCAGCGGCUUCGGAAGCCGGUCGGGAGCAGUCGACCAAGGUAUAUCGAAGAAUUUGAAGAACGGGAAGCCAGAGAAUUCGCCGCAUCAACUCGGGCAAAAACCGCUCCUGUCAUGCGACGAUCUAGCACAGAUGCGGCGCCCAUCGUCGUUCCUACUGGCACUAUCCCAUCAACAGCAUCACCAGCUUUGAUACCGCAAGCAACUUCAACACCGACGACAGCCGCGUAUCCAACUCCUCCUCGUACAGCAUACAAAACCCACGUCAAGAAGAAUCACAACCAUCCGGCUCUCCAUGGCGAGUUCCACCACACCCACCGAGAAAGACCAAACCCGCCUUCUUCCGGACGACAUGCACAAGUGGUCGUUCCCCCCAUCUCGACCCCUGCGCCAUUUCCAGUCUCGGAAAAGAAGCGACAGGAUGGACAAAGUGGGUUAGACAUGUGUAUGGUACGAAAGAGUGGCAGAGAUGAUGAUCAGCAAAUGCUAGACAAUUCCCUUCGAGAUGCUACAAAACAUUUGAGAAGGCUAAAAGUUGUAUAAAUAGAUGGGGGCUUUUGUAGAUAGCGAUUUCCAAUAGAAAGCGAAAAAAUCCGUUCA